CGCAAAGGCUGUUACUUUCAAAAAAUCGACUCGUAAUGUGUUCUUCCCUCCGAGCUAUAGGCAUUAUCUAUAAAUUCUUUUUACAUGUCUCCCAGUGGUAGUGUGAUGCUCAUAUCAAAAAUGGACUUUUUCCAAAGUUUGAUCAUUCUCAUCGCAUACACAGAUGCAUUAUAUGCCAGAACUCAACUUGUGAUACCACUACAGAAGAAGGAAUACGAAAUUCAAAAAAAUUUGUUACCAAAACAUGAAAGUGAAUCUUAUUUUCCAGUUAAACUUGAUGAAGAAAUUAAAGGCGAUAGUUAUCUUAUACCAACAGUAAAUUCAUCAAACAAUUUGCUUCCAUCACUAGAUCAAGAGAAAGAAUCAAAACCGAAAACACCAGCAGAUAUUGAAACAGCACCUACCACUUUAUUCCUAACACAAGAAAUUAGAACCGAACCAGAGAAAAGGGAAUCUAUGGGUUAUUAUGCACCUUAUAUGUUUCCCGAUCUAACUCAAUCAAGCCUAUCAAAACGUACUGUAUCUCAAGAAGAAAACAGUGAAGAAAGUCAGCAUUCCAUUGAAUCAUCAUCCUCAAAAAAUGUUGCGUUAGCUCAAAAUCCCUCGUCGGCACCUCUAGCUAAUAAGGAGUACAAAUCCGCCGUUUCAUCAUAUUGUAUUAAAUUAUUACAAAAUGGUAGUUAUUAUCCAAUCCCAAUAGCGCAUAUACUUCCUGCACAUGAACAUGAUCCUUUACCUCCCCUUCCUGGGGAGAUACAAACUGGACAACUUCACGUUUCUGAAGAAGUUAGUAAGUUAAAUGAACCUUUACCACCAUUAUCCAAUCACAUCAGCACUGGUGUCUACCACACUCUCGUACCUGUUAAAACUGCUCCAGAGAAACUGUAUCCACCGACAAUAAAAGAUUUACCUCAAAAAUCUGUUCAAGAUCCCCUUCUACCACUACAAUCAUCGGACACCACAAUUCCUUUAGAAAAAGCUCUGCCUAUUACUGAUUCGUCAAUUCCAGCGGCCGUUGUCCCUUCUGGGCCAUAUCCUGCAGCUGACUCGAUUUUGAAAGAAAUGCCAAUCGUUCAUCUUGUAGCGGAACCUCUUCCGCCUUUACAAAAUGCAGCUUUCACAAACGUAGAAAUACCCAAAAUUUCUACACUACAUGUACCCAAAGGACCUUAUCCUGCGAAUCUUCCUGUUGGUUCGCCAUAUCCACCAUCUAUUUGAAUAAAGAAGUUAAUAUUUUAAAAUAUUCUCCAAAAGUUCAUGAUGGUCAUAGGGUUAAAAGCCAAAUACAAUAUUAUGUAAUGUAACGCUUUCAAGAUUUGUUUAUGAUGUUGAUAUUCAUCUCAUUUUCCUGCCAUGCCAUAAGUUUCGUCAAAUUUCUCGAAAUCGUUAUAUUCAGUCUGUAACAGAUACUUCUUUAUUAUGUGAAUAAAUGUGGUAGUUAUAUUUAUUUAUAAAUAAAUGUGAGUUUACAUUAAUAGAAAAUAGUCUAUCAUG